CCCUCGUCCCGACCACAGAGCGGUUAGCUCAGUCACUGCACUCCGCCGCCCCUCGCGCGCCGACACUGGCGGGCCUCAGCUCUAGCUCCUUCACUACUAGCACUACAGCGAAACAAGUUUUGGAAUUUGCGAGAAGCAAAUUAAGCCAAGAUGACAGUGAAGAAGAGGCCGUCGGAUCUGACCAGCUUGGAGCGGUUCAACUUGUACUACAGGGAGAAGGAGCCGCCGCUGACGGCCGGGCAGAAGUUCAGGAGGUUCAUAUGGAACCCGAAGACGAAGCAGUUCUGUGGCAGAACUGCUUCUAGUUGGUCCAAAAUCUCCCUGUUCUACUUCACCUUCUACGCUGCGCUGGCCAUCCUCGUUGCUAUCUGCAUGUGGACGUUCCUCCAACUCCUGGACGCCCGGCAGCCCAAGUGGCAGCUGGAGAGCUCCAUCAUCGGCACCAACCCUGGACUGGGCUUCAGACCCACGCCCCCGGAGGUGGCCAGCAGUGUCAUCUGGUACCGAGGGAACGAGCCCAGUAGCUACCGGUUUUGGAUUGAGGAGUUAUCGACGUUUUUGAAAUCUUACAAACGUGACGCCAACAAGUCCGGCGCUGGCCAGAACAUUCACAACUGCGACUUCAAGCUGCCUCCACCAGCCGGUAAGGUCUGCGACGUGGACGUCAACGCCUGGGGGCCCUGCAUCGAGGAGAACGGCUUUGCGUACCACAAGUCGACCCCCUGCGUGUUCCUCAAACUGAACAAGAUAUUUGGCUGGAAGCCAGCGUUCUACAACAGUUCGGACAGCCUGCCGACAGCUAUGCCCGAUGACCUGAAGGACCACAUCAGGAAUAUGACUGCUUUUGAUAAAAACUAUCUGAACAUGGUGUGGGUGUCGUGCCAGGGCGAGAACCCCGCGGACAGGGAGAACAUCGGCCCCAUACAGUACCUGCCCUACCGGGGCUUCCCCGGCUAUUACUUCCCCUACACCAAUCAGGAGGGGUACCUCAGUCCUCUAGUCGCCGUGCAUUUGCAAAGGCCUAAAACGGGCAUGCUGAUCAACAUCGAGUGUCGUGCGUGGGCGCAUAACAUCAUGUACGACCGGCACGAGGGCAUCGGCUCCGUGCACAUCGAGAUCAUGGUGGAAUAGACCAUGGCAUGGUGGAGUAGCAGCACAUGGCGGAGUAGCAGCACAUGGUGGAGUACACGAGAUUAUGGUGGACAUUGACAACACAUGUGCUUUUAGUCAAUUUUAUUUAAUAAUUAAAUUGCUUUUCUUUA